AUGCUGCUCCAGGUGGCCUUUGAGGACGUCGCUCUGUAUUUCACCCGGGAGGAGUGGGAGCUCUUAUCCCAGCCAGAGAAGCAGCUGUACCGGGACCAGAUGCUGAGGAAUUACUGGGCCCUCGUUUCCCUGGGCUAUUCAGGUUCCACACCGGACUUAAUCCAACGGCUCGAGUUAGGGGAGGCAGAGCUCUGGAUCAGGGAUGCCGAGGACUCCAGGGAAAACUCAGGACCUGACAGCCCCUCCUCAGUUAGUUUCAAGAAAACAACAAAACCAUUCCCCACUGAGCCUCAGGAGGACCUGAAGAAAGAGUUGCAGGACUUCAGGAAAAUGUUAAGGAAGCGAACUCCACUACCCACACAGAAGAAGGAAGUUGACAUGGAACAGGUCUGGCAGUUGCUGCUGAAUGCCGAUAGGAAGGAUUAUGAGAAAAUCUGUUUAAAGCGUGGGAUUGUUGACUUCCGUGGGAUGCCGAGGAAGCUUCAGCAGAUGAAGAAGGACAGAGAGGACAAGCAACAACAGUAUAUCUACAGUGUCACAAACCUCAAACACAUCAAGGUCAAUAAGGAGGGGAGUGCUACAUUCCAUCUAGAGAUGGACCUGAAAAAUCCUGAGAGCAGAAUUUACCUGUACAAGGUAAGGUGGGAGAUGGAGUGGCUAGAUCAAGCCAUGCUGAGAUUACAGUGGUCACUUAGAUCUGACUCAUAACAUGCCCGAUUCACUGUGCAGCAGCAGAGUG